AUGGUAUCAUUCUCUUCAAUUUCUUAAUAAAGAAAGAAAAAUCAAACUGAUAAAUAAAUUUAUAGGAAAAUAAGGAUUCUAGAAGAAAACCUUCAUAAAAUUUACUAAUAAAGAUCAGCAAUUUUAGUAAGCAUCUUUUAAGUCAUUAUUAGCAUAGUUGCAAUUGA